AUGGCCGUGGAUAUGAACUUUAUCAUCCCGUACUGCCCACUUCCCCCCAAGCCUCCCAAGCCUCUCCAGCCUCUCCAGCCUCUUCCCACCAAACCCUCCAUUCGUGAGCACCAUCUUCCCCAGCCCACUGCUAUGCCCUCAGCACAAUCCAUCACCCCUGAACCACUGUUCACCCAUCGACCUCCCUGGCGGCCCCCUCUUCCCUUCUGUAGAGAUAGCCUAAGUGGCCUGGACAGCCAGAUCGGCGUUCGACCGUCGAACGCUCCGUUGAACGAGUUCGAUGCUGAGCUGCAACGUCUGGACGUCGUGGAGGUGGUUGACAUGAGCAGUCGCAGUUCCACCGACCGGGAUGAUGUUGAGUCGUCCAGGGCCCGUGUCGCCGGCGCGAUCCAAGGCUCAACCGCACCGGACGCCAGGCCCCGCCGGGAAGCCUCAAGCGAUAGACCCUCACAGAAGGCCGAUCGAUCAUCACCUCAGAAACUCACCCCUCCUCUCUCUGAUCGCGAUCACGAUCCGGCGCUGGACGAGUGUGAACCGAAAGCCUCACGUCCUCCGCCUGGCCUGGCGGGUUUCUCUGACCGACACCCGUGCAGUUUAGCGAAGUUACCGAGGUCAGUAGGCUGCCAGGAGCAACCGAUCCUCGUGGACUUGGAGAGCGAUGGAGAGAAUCCUCCGAACGAUGAUGAAUCCAGGAGGAGAAUCGGUCUCGAUGUGCGCGCCGGUGCCACGGGCGGAGGGAUUAUGGGUACAUCUUCCAGCCCGGGAGCCAGAUCGGAGCCUGGAUCUCCCGCCAGCCCUGAAAAGCGCGCUGGAAAAGAGCGCAGGCCGAUGGGGCGGGGACGCGUGCGACGCACGGAUGUUCGAGUCGAGAUUCCUUCCCCGCCAGACGCUCUCCAGGAGAGAGAGGGCCGAGGCGACAGGAGCGACCCCAGCGACCCCAGCGACCCCUGCGACUUCAGUGACUUCAAUCACUCCAGCGACUGCAGCAGCGGCGGCGACGACGACGACGACGACGACGACGGGGCGUAUCGGGAAAGUGACGAUGAUGACCAUGUCGCCAGGCGGCCGCGCAAGCGGCGGAAACUCUGGACGCGGCGGUCCUCCAGGUCCGUCGUCACUUCUGCCGCUUGCACGGGAGAUCCCUCUCCGGCCGCUGUGGUAGACGAUAAGCCAGGGAAACGGAAUCCGACGACGAAGCACGGUGAAAACCCGGCCGGUGAUUCUUCCAGUGUGUCCACUGUCUCACUAGAUGAUGCGGUGACAAACCGCUCGGGCGACGACAUCCCGGUCUCCGGCUUUCUUUCAAGCUCCGUGGUCGGGUCCAGAGUGUGCUACACUAUAACGUUCUGUCACGAGGAGGCCGGCCGGCUCCUGUCGGCGACUGCAAGCGGUCUGUCGAGCCCCGGCCGAGAAGGGCGGCCGUCUGUCGCGACCGGUAGACGUGUGCCAUUUAACUCAGAGGAUGACGCGCUGCUGAAGGAACUCAAGGAGGACGGCGAGCCAUGGGAUGAGAUCGUCAAGCGCUUCCCGGGCAGAUCCAAGGCGACUCUGCAGGUGCGGUACUCCACCAAGCUGAAGCAUCGCACCCCGCCGCCAACUCGCAAGUCGAAGUCGAAGUCGAGGCCGAGAAAACAUGGAUGCCGUUGA